GCUCGUUCCGCCAGUUGCCCGGGAGACGCGCCGAUGACGGAACUGCACGCGGCGGCGGCGGCCGGUAACACGGAGCUGGUGGAGGAGAUUCUGCGCCGUGGCUCGUGCGAUCCUAACAGCAAGGACCUGCACUGGAGCCAAAGGACAGCGUUGCACUGGGCCGCGGUGCAAGGAAAAUCAGACAUGGUUAAACUUCUAAUCGCGAAUGGAUCACGACCUUGCUUGAGAACUGAGACUGGAUGGACUGCGGCUCAUUUUGCCGCAGAAUCUGGCAGGUUACCCGUUCUUCGAAUGCUACAUUCUCUACAUGCUCCUAUUGACAAAGCAGAUCUUUAUGGGGACACUCCUAGAAGAAUUGCAGAAAUAUAUGGGCAGAAAGACUGUGUUCAAUUUCUUGAGAUAGCUGAGCAAGAGUGUUCCAAUUACAGGAGAGUUGCUGAAACGAAAGGCACUGUGUUAGAUGACACAGACGAAGAGUGGGAAAUUCAGAAAGAAGAAGAACUGGCUGAAAUAAGUGCAGUUGUCCAGAAUAAGAGUAACAAUGUACAUGAUGUUCAACAAAGCCACAAAGGCUGUACUUGCACAGUGAGACCUAAGACAGUAACUCCAAAAGGAAAGUUAUCAAAUACUAACAGGGCUUGUAAAAAAAAGAAAGGUAAGAUCUAGCUCCAGGUCAGGUAUAACCAGCGACCAGUUCAGCAGCAUUACCUAAACUUGAUCAAAGUAGUUUUGUACACCACAGAAAGAGGACUACCAUAAUUGUGUGGUAUGUCAGCCUUCAGUGUGUGUAUUACACAAGCCUUACUAUAACUGUGGAGUCAGAAUGACAUUAUGCCAGUUCUUUUGAGGAAAUUAACAUACAGUACAUUUACACUGAAACAGCGAUACUUCAUUGAUUGGCACUCCAAAGAUAUUCCAAGUUCUGUGCUGCUUAUUUACCCACUUUUACCCCUCACAAAAGACCCAACCUGCACAGGUUUUCUAAAUUUUUGUCAAAUAAUGCACUUUAGUAGACUUACAUUGAAGAAUAUGGCCCAAAGUCGCUUGAUAUUGAUGCAACUGAAGUUUCAGGGACUUGAUGUCUGAAAACAAUUUCCUCUAGAAACCUGUACAACACUGAGAAAAAUUCCACUGAAUCAGUGCAUCCAUCAUCUUUUGGAUCCUUAUUCAGAAGUACCUAUGCAACCAUAUCUGCGUGGGUUAACUUUGUUGACUUUGCUAGAGCCCUCUUAAGAGAUUGUCUUGUGAUUAGGCCCUCUACUUGGAUGUGAUCUCUGUUAUUGCUUUCGGGUGUGAGUACAUCAAUGAAAAUCAAACCCUUGUUGCCUGAGAUAUAGCCAGUGAUCCCUAUCCUGUCCUCUGAUUGACCGGCACUCUCAGUGGGCGAAACAUUCACCACCACAGACUCAAAUGUGGUGGCACAGAAGGUGGCCACUCAACUGCCUGAAGGACAAUGGAUUUAGUUGAAUUUCCAUCAUAGAACUGAAAAGGGAUUCCUGCUGUUUUUUCCACUGGUAGGUGAGAUCCCCAUCAAUCUCUCAAAAUAUAAUCCUGCAAAUACUAACCCAGAUUAUCUGCAGUUCACGUGCCUAUCCCUAUAAUGCAAGUUAUGGUGAUUCUUGUCAGAAAUGAUGCAACCUAUUGCUGCACAUGUCAUAUUUUAAUUAACACCCCGAAGGUAUUGAUUUCUGCACUUACAUUGACAACUUAGUAGUGUGAAACAUCAAAUACGCUUUUCAAUGCUAGUUGGUACUCCAGUGUUAUAGCAUCAUGUCCCUUUAUACAAUGUAAUUCAAAUUUACAAUUGUCCUAGAGUCAUUACCGACUGUUCAACUAUUCUGCAGGGGAUUUUUUAAAUGUCUAGUGGAAUAAUUGGAAGAUUAGUCAUGAAAAGUAUUUGAAUUAUUGAUGAAAGUUUUGGUUUAUUUGUUACAAACACAAUUUAAAUUUUACAGUUACAACUGAAAAAUGCCCCUUUCUGUGUUCUGAUAGUGGUGUCUGUGAUUAGUUGUUAUUUGAAGCUUCUUUUUUCCCUCUGAGAAACUUAAUAUAUAUCGGAAAUUGUAUACUUAACACAUAGACAUUUGGUUUUGUAAGUCACUUGAUCAUGUACAAUUUACUUUCCAGUUUUAGAAACGGGAACCUUUUUGUUGUAACUUUAUUCCAGUUACUUGAUUCAUGAAACUGAAAUAAAUGUACCAGUUGAGAGUGAGACUCACUUUUCAAAUCUU